CACCGUCAGUUCAGUUCCGUGGUACUCUUCGGUGCGUUCGGUCGUCGGCUUCUCAAUGCGGUGGGUUCGGUCUACUCGGUUGUGCCCUUAGCCGACAACAGCAAACAACAAGACAUCCAUAUACAGUACAUGUAGCAUUUGUGUAUAUGCAAUGUUUUUGAGUGCUUUGUGAUUAAUUGGAAUGGCGAGUGAUUCGAGUGGAAUACGCGUAGGAUGCUGAAGCCAGAUAACAUCUACCGGAUGGUGUUAUCUAGUGUUGUGCUUUCGCUAUGAUCGGAUGGUGAAUCGAUUCCAGUUCAAGGUGGAAAUAGCCGAAAUUGCAAAGUGGAAAUUUGCCGAUAUAGUGCAUGGGUAGUGCGGUUCUGUCUCUAUAAAUAGAGUCUCAAUGGUGUACAGUGUUUGUACGGUGUAGCAUCUAGCAGAUUCCGGCGAUAUGUAUUUCAAAUCGUGCAUCAGUAGGAAAAUAGUGAUAGGUUUUAUAUGUCUCCUGGCGCAGAUCGGCCAUGGGAUAACUCAGCUGGUCAUCAAUGUACAGAAUCAGGGAGGCGAGGUGGUGCAGGAGACAAUAACGUCCAGCGUGAGUGACGACACGUGUACGCUCGAGUUCCAGCGAAGCGAUGGCACGCUUAUAACGAAGCUAAUCGACUUCAAAAGUGAAGUGCAAGUGCUGAAAGCCCUGGUUCUGGGCGAGGAGGAGCGUGGCCAGAGCCAGUACCAGGUGAUGUGCUUCGUGACGAAAUUUCAGAAGGGAGAUUUCAUCACGGCAGAUGCGAUGGCCAAACUACGACAGAAAAAUCCCAGCACCAUCCGGACGCCCGAGGAGGACAAGGGCAAAGAGAACUACACCAUGACGGGCUGGGUGGUCCUGGACCGGGCCCCGCCCAUCUCCCGCCACAUAGCACCGCUGUGUUCAGAGGCUCAAGACUCGACGUACGCGCGGGACGUCGACCUCAAGGCGUGGGCCGAACUGCCAGGCUCCUCCAUAUCAAUCCUGGAAUCGGCCGUGAAGCCGUUCCCAUCGGUAACGACCGGGAGCCCCCCGUCUCGCUGCAGCGAAGUAUCGGCCAUUUGGGCGCCAUGCAUCUGCACCCUGGAGAUGUGCAUCGGUUGGUACCCCUGCGGGCUCAAGUACUGCAAGGGUAAACCGGACAACAAUCCACUCCUGAACGGUGGUGGUUCCAGCUACCGCUGUGGCAUCAAAACUUGCCGCAAGUGCCAUCAAUACUCGUACUACGUACGGGAAAAGCAGCAGUGCCUGUGGGAUGAAUGACCGCUAAAGGGCCAUCGCGAGACCGACAAGGACAAUUACGACGACUGGGAAAACGAUUUCCAAAAUCGACUAACAACGAGGACGGCGGCUGGCAACGACAGCUACAACACCGAAAAACACAAAUCACUGGCAGCGACAACAGGGACAAUUUCGUGUAGCUCUAGUAGAACUAGUAUUAGUAACAACAGCAUCACUAACAGCUGCUGUAGGGUAAGGGACUCUAACAACGGAAACGAUAAUAACAAUAGGAAUAGAACCAGAACUAGUGUUAGGCAGAGAACGAUGAAGUCGGCCCCAAAGGCCGCAACCGAAACAAUCAGUGAAUUUAAUUUUUUACUCCAAGAUUAUAUGCCAGGGGAGGCGACGACCGCGGUGGCGGUGAUGGUGCUGCCCGGAGGGAGCAGGCUGACCACAGCACGGUAGCAAAAGCAACACCAUCUCCAACAGCCAGCAGCGGUAGCAGCAGCAGAACCUGAUCCUGUGACACUUCUAUCCAAUGCGAUGUAGAGAUGUGUUUCGAGUUAAAUGAAAUUAUUUUAUAGCACAAAUA